GACCCCGCGGCCGCCCCGCCCGCCGCCCCGCCCGGUGACUCCGACCUGCCGCUCAGGUUCCGCGUCUGCGCCCGCCCCGCCCCGCCCCGCCCCGCGCCCCGCACACUCGGCCGGGCGCGCCCGACGGCGGGCGGGCAGUGGACCGCGGACGGGCAGUGGACGGCGGCGGGCAGUGACGGCGGACCCGGCCGGCGGACGCGCAGCGCCGGCGCACGGGCACUGGACGGCGGACGGGCCGGCGGACGGAGCCGGCGGACGGGGCGCACCGGCCGCAGACGCGCGGGCCGGCCGGCAGGCGCGGGCGGCCACCAGGCCCUGGACUCAGCCACCCGGGACCCGCCACCACGAAGACACCAUGAGCCACUCGGGCGGCAGCCCGGGCCGGUCAGACGGUGUGGCCAAGAUGAGUGCCAAAGACCUGUUUGAGCAGAGGAAGAAAUACUCCAACUCCAACGUCAUCAUGCACGAGACAUCCCAGUACCAUGUCCAGCACUUGGCCACGUUCAUCAUGGACAAGAGCGAGGCCAUCGUGUCCGUGGAUGACGCCAUCAGGAAGCUGGUGCAGCUGAGCGCCAAGGAGAAGAUCUGGACCCAGGAGAUGCUGCUGCAGGUGAACGAUAAGGAGCUGCGGCUGCUGGACGUGGAGUCCAAGGUGCGAGCGGGCGUGGACAGGGUCUGGCGCGGCGGCGGUCCAGCGCCAAGGCGGGCGGUGUCCAGGCAAGCCGCAAGCCGCCCUUCCCUCCCGCAGGAGGAGCUGGAGAACUUCCCGCUGCCCACCGUGCGGCACAGCCAGACGGUGCUCAACCAGCUGCGCUACCCGUCCGUGCUGCUCCUCGUGUGCCAGGACUCGGAGCAGAACAAGCCCGACGUGCACUUCUUCCACUGCGACGAGGUGGAGGCGGAGCUGGUGCACGAGGACAUUGAGAGCGCGCUGGCCGACUGCCGGCUGGGGAAGAAGAUGCGGCCCCAGACACUCAAGGGCCACCGCGAGAAGCUGCAGCAGCGUCGGUCCGUGCUGCCCGCGUCCCCGGGCCCCGCCCCCAUCCCCGUGCAGCGCGCCGGCGUGGACGCGGCGCCCAAGAACCGCGUGGGACCCCCGGUGCCGUUGGGCGAGGCAGGGUUGCGCCGCCGGGACGCGCCGGACGAGGAGCCGCGGGCCGUGCUGGCGCACAAGAUCGAGAAGGAGACGCAAAUCCUCAACUGCGCGCUGGACGACAUCGAGUGGUUCGUGGCGCGGCUGCAGAAGGCGGCCGAGGCCUUCAAGCAGCUCAACCAGCGCAAGAAGGGGAAGAAGAAGGGCAAGCGCGGGCCGGCAGAGGGCAUGCUCACGCUGCGCGCGCGGCCCCCCGCCGACACCGAGUUCGUGGACUGUUUCCAGAAGAUCAAACUGGCCAUCAACCUGCUGGCCAAGCUGCAGAAGCACAUCCAGAACCCCAGCGCCGUGGAGCUCGUGCACUUCCUCUUCGGGCCUCUGGACCUGAUCGUCAGCACCUGCGCGGGCCCGGACCUGGCCGCCUCCGCGCGCUGCCCGCUGCUCUCGGCCGAGGCCGUGGCCUUCCUGCACGGCCACCUGACGCCCAAGGAGAUGGCGCUCUGGAAGUCCAUGGGGGAGACCUGGACGCAGCCCCGCUCCCAGUGGCCGCGGGAGUCCCAGGUGCCCUUCUACGUGCCCCGGUUCCACAGCGGCUGGGAGCCGCCGCUGGACAUUCUGCAGGAGGCCCCCUGGGAAGCCGAGGGACUGGCCGCCCCCUGCGGCCUGGAGCCCGCCCCCGGGAGCCAACGGUCCUUCCGGAACCCCACCAAGCCGCUGCCCACGGCAGAGCCCGCGCCCCUCGGAGACGGACCCCCGCUCAGCGCCCAGGGCCCUCCCAGGGGUUACGAGCCCACCGCGACCAAGUACGCCAGGGUCCUGUACGACUUCACCGCCCGCAACGCCCACGAGCUCUCAGUGCUCAAGGACGAAGUCCUGGAGGUGGUGAGAGACGGGCACCACUGGUGGGAGCUGCGCAGCUCCAGGGGCGAGGUGGGCUACGUGCCCAGCAACAUCCUGGACGAGGCACGGCCCGAGGAUGCAGACCGCCCUCCCGACCAGCCAGGUGCGAAAUACUGGGGCCCCGCCAGCCCGAUCCACAAGAUGUCCCCCGGCAUCUCAGGACCCAAAAAUGAGGUCAUGGACGAAGUCAACAACGAGCUGCAGCUUAAGAUCCACAACAUCAAGUCGCAGCGGCCGCGCAGCUUCCGCGUGGAGCGCAGCCAGCCCGUGCGGCAGCCGCUCACCUUCGACUCCAGCCCGGAGCAGGUGCAGGCCUGGCUGGAAGCCAAGGCCUUCAGCCCACAGACGGUGGAGAACCUGGGCAUCCUGACCGGCAGCCAGCUCUUCUCGCUGAACCGCGACGAGCUGAAGAAGGUGUGCGGGGAGGAGGGCGCGCGCGUGUACAGCCAGCUCACCGUGCAGAAGGCGUCUCUGGAGGAUAGGAAAGGCGGCACCGAGCUGCAGAAGAUCAUGGACAAGAUCACGUACAACCAGAAGCGGAUGGAGGACGAGGAGAGCUGAGCGGCGUCCCGCCGUCCUGACCCCUCACCCCCGCCCCACUGCAGCCAAACGGCCACUCCGGCCACACUGGUGGCUCGCUCGCCCACUGGGGCCCCUGCCCCCCAUCCGUGCUCACUGCCGCACCCACCGUACCCCACUCCCGCCCCCAGGAGGGCUUCAGUGGGGCCCCUUCCAGCUCACAGCACCCUGAGGUGGGCAUAGGGACCCCCCACGCCCUCCCGUGGAGCAAGCGCAGCUGGAUUUCGAGGUCCCUGACGCCUCCCCGAAAAGAAACUUUCUUUGGCCCAGUCCCAGCCAGGCCUGUGCUGUGUCCUGGGGGGUGAGGGGAGGCCACAGCCCAAACAGAGAGAA